AAACAAUAAACCCAAUCCGAUCCCAUCACCAAAUCUCAUUCCGACUCUCAACUCGGAUACCCCCUCCCCAACCAUCAAUCAUAAGAACGCCCAGCAGCAACAGGAAGAUGACAGACCCCCACCACCGCAAAAUCGAACUCCAAUCCCCCGCCGACCUAACCUACCUCUACGGCAACACCGUCGCGCUCUCCCGCCAAAAGCUCGACCUCCACCUGCCCCCCUCAGCCAACUCCAACGAUGGUCCUGACCCUAUGCGCGAACGUGUCCGCGAACUAGUCGAUGAGUACAUCCUCCGCACCUUCACAAGCGCCUCCUCCUCUAUCACAAUCAACGGGCUCGACUCUUCGUCCAAGGAAUUCCCGUUUCCCGCCUCGUUCACCGCGCCCUCGGAGCAGGUCGAGUACGAGGCAUAUGACGCAAAGCUCGCAGCGCGGGUGACGUCGCUGUACGCGCAGUUGGAGUCGUUGACGACGACGGUGGCGCAGUUGCGGCGAGACGCGCCGGCCAGGGCGGCGCGGGCGUAUGCGGAGCAAUUGAGGAGGGUGAUUGAGGAGGAAGAGGCGGAGGACGAGGCGGAGGAUGUUGAGGAGGAUGGAGAGGUGGAGGAAGAGGGUGACGAUAUCACAAACACUGUUGUGAGCCAGGAGAACGAGGGUGAACUCAAGGAGGAGAGCGAGGGAUCAAGUCAGGAGAGAGGUGGCAAUGCGGGAACAGGGGAGGACCAAGAAAUGACAGGUAUGGAGACCGGGCCGCCAGCGUCUCGAGCGGACGGCAGUGGGCUGUUGGCUGGAGACACGGAGAUGGUGGAUGCACGUGGAGAUGCUGGGGUUGGGACAGUGGAUAAGGGAACAACGACGAAAACGAAAAGAAGGUCGCCUCGAUUGGCGCGCCGCGCCAAAUUACAGAUUCCGCUAGGCUCGGAGCAUGAGGCGGAGCGCUGGCGAAGUGGAGAGAUGGCUGAGGUCUACGAGGAUGCCCUGCGGACUCUACUCCGGCUGCAGGGGGAAGCCGUGGCCGGGCAGGCCGCUGCAUCAGACACUGAGGGCGCAGACGGAAACGCCCUCGCAUCGACGGUGGGAAAGGCCGAACGCGCGGGUCGGGCGGUCGAGGUGGUUGAAAAGAAGAAGUAAGGGGUUGGACGCUGCUAUCUCUUUUGCUUUAUUCAUUAUUGGCGUUGGCAGCCUGGGUAGGCUUGGGAUGAUACCAAAUUUGAAUUAUGGUGCAUUGUGU